AUGGUGGGAGCUCUCUCUUACGAGUAUAUGAAGGGCAGUAAUCUCUCCUCUGUUUCUGCUCGUUCCAUCCAGUAUCGUCUACAUCUUCACCUUCCCGCCGCUUGCGAAUCAUCAGUGCAAUUCAUUGAUUCAUAUAUCCUUUUCUACCGAAUCAUCAGUCAGGUUUUCCCCAAGAUGAAAGCCUACAACUUGUGCCUUCUCGCUCUGGCGGCUGUCUCUUCUGCGCGCCCCAGACCUUCAGAGGGUGGAGGUGGAGGGCCAGGGCAAGGGCAAAGGCAGGGAUACCACCCAUCAAAGUGGCAGAACCAAGAGUACUAUAAGAAAGCCAAACACACACCUUCAGUCAAUGGUGGAAAUCAUGGAGGAGGAGGCCACGCGGGAAGCCCAGCAACCACAGCUUUCCCAACCUUGGGCUCUGUAAUCGGUGGCUACGGUGGAGCCGGCACUGCUGGUUAUGCUGGUGCUGGCACUGGUGGAUAUCAACCACCUGCACCCACGAGCUCGGCUGUGAGGAAAACCUCAUAUCAGGACAGCUCAGAGUAUUCUGAGGAUUCCGAAAAAAAGUCUGGUGAAUCCAAUUCUGGGAACAGCGGCAGUCAAUCUCUUGGAUCAGGCCCGUCAGGGGUAGCAGGCUCCGGUCCCGUCUCGACUGGCGUUAGUACCACCGGCAACUUGACGACUGGGGGGACCAUAUCCAAUGGCAAGAUCACACUGCCUGCUAAUUGCCAAAGUGUGAAUGGUAUCGGCUUCGGAUGGCUACCGGACUAUAACGGCGCAAGUCUGGCAGUUGAUGAAAAUGCAGUGGGAAACAACAACCCUUGCUUUGCUGGAUACUACGGCCAGACCGGUUUAUCAGUAUGGAAUAAUGGAGCUCAAAUUACAGACAACAUCGCCGAUGCUACCAAAGGCGGGAAACCCUAUCCAAUUUUCGUUGCUUCUGUUAUGCCACAGGGGACUCCUUUUGAUCAAUUCACGGAAGGCUCGGCUGUUGUUACUUCUAUUGCAAAUGCUAUGACGAAGUUAACAGCAGCUGGUCUCACAGUCUUUCUUCGAUUCGCCCACGAGAUGAACUAUUACGACUCCGCCGACGCUGGAUAUGUUUACACGGGCUCCGCCGAGGACUUUUCGAGCGCAUGGGGUGUCGUCUCCGCUGCAGUGAAAGAUGUCCCCGGGGUGUACAUGUAUUGGUCUCCCAAUUACGACAGCAGUGCCACGGACCUGGUAAGCUCAGGCUGGUACCCAAAUCAAGGUACUGUCGAUAUUGUUGGUAUGGACAUCUAUCCUUCUGGUGGAAGCCAGUUUGCGGCCAUCUACCAGAAUUUUUGCCAGAAUUGGCCCAAAAUACCCUUCAUUAUUGGAGAGACGGGGUCUGCUAAAGGGGGAUCCGCGAGCGACAAGCACGCGUGGCUUCAACAGCUCACCGGUAAGGCAGCUUUACAGGCAUGCCCGAACUACCUUGGCUUCUCUUGGUUUGAGUACCUCAAGGGUGGCGUUGAUUUCAGGAUUGCAACGGGCGGAAACAACGCAUGGCAGGGGGUCCUGUAG